CGGAGGACAGCGAGUCCGCGGCCAGCCAGCAGAGCCUGGAGCUGGACGACCAGGACACGUGCGGGAUAGACGGGGACAAUGAGGAGGAGACGGAGCACGCCAAAGGAAGUCCUGGAGGGGAUUUGGGAGCCAAAAAGAAAAAGAAGAAACAGAAGAGAAAAAAGGAGAAACCAAAUUCCGGAGGCACCAAGUCCGACUCAGCAUCAGAUUCCCAGGAGAUUAAGACUCAGCAGCCUUCAAAACACAACACCAUCUGGCAGCAGAUUUCCGCGGGAGCAGCCAUGGAAUCCCACCAUCCCAAUGCAGAAGUUGCAGGACAUCCAGAGAGCGAUGGAGCUGUUAUCUGCGUGCCAGGGCCCGGCCAGGAACAUUGAUGAGGCUGCAAAACACAGAUACCAGUUUUGGGAUACACAGCCAGUACCCAAACUAAAUGAAGUCAUCACAUCUCAUGGUGCAAUUGAACCAGAUAAAGACAACGUACGUCAAGAGCCGUAUUCUUUGCCACAGGGCUUUAUGUGGGACACUUUAGACUUGAGUAAUGCCGAAGUGCUCAAGGAGUUGUACACGUUGUUGAAUGAGAAUUACGUGGAAGACGAUGACAAUAUGUUCCGGUUUGACUAUUCGCCUGAGUUCCUGUUGUGGGCUCUGCGUCCUCCAGGCUGGCUCCUCCAGUGGCACUGUGGGGUCAGAGUGUCUUCAAAUAAAAAACUCGUAGGGUUCAUAAGCGCCAUCCCAGCAAACAUUCGGAUUUACGACAGUGUGAAGAAGAUGGUAGAAAUCAAUUUUCUUUGUGUUCAUAAGAAAUUGCGAUCAAAACGGGUAGCCCCAGUGUUAAUUCGAGAAAUAACUAGAAGAGUGAACCUGGAAGGAAUCUUUCAGGCUGUGUACACUGCUGGAGUAGUUCUUCCUAAGCCUGUGGCCACAUGCAGAUACUGGCAUCGAUCACUAAACCCCAGAAAAUUGGUAGAAGUGAAAUUUUCUCACUUGAGUAGAAAUAUGACUUUACAGAGAACAAUGAAGCUGUACAGACUUCCGGAUGUUCCAAAGACUUCAGGCUUGAGACCGAUGGAACCAAAAGAUAUCAAAGCAGUUCAAGAAUUAAUCAACAGUUACCUGAAGCAGUUUCAUCUAGCUCCAGUGAUGGAUGAAGAGGACGUAGCCCACUGGUUCCUCCCCCAGGAGCACAUUAUCGACACGUUUGUAGUGGAGAGCUCCAGUGGUAAACUGACUGACUUCCUCAGCUUCUACACGCUCCCUUCGACGGUCAUGCACCACCCUGCUCACAAGAGCCUCAAAGCUGCCUACUCCUUCUACAACAUCCACACGGAGACGCCCCUGCUGGACCUCAUGAACGAUGCACUCAUUAUAGCUAAGUUGAAAGGAUUUGAUGUGUUCAACGCACUAGAUUUGAUGGAAAAUAAGACAUUCUUGGAAAAACUCAAGUUUGGCAUAGGAGAUGGCAAUUUGCAGUAUUAUUUGUACAACUGGAGGUGUCCAGGAACAGAUUCUGAGAAGGUUGGACUUGUACUACAGUAGAUGGAUAUUUUUAUUGCUAGAACUCUGACAUCAUCAUUUGUUAAUAUUCUAUUUAAUGAUUCCUGGAAUUGCCAUUCCAAAGAAGAAUAAAAGCACAACUUAAGUGAAACUGAAGUAGUCGACAACAAUCAGAAAAGAUGAAAAAACAUCCAUAUGUGACCAGUAGUAGGCAUUUCUAGCUAGAAUGUUAAAAUUCAUCUUUUUUCCACUGUUUACUCAUCUGUGGGAGGGAUGAAAGGGUACAAACAGCACAUUCCUCUGUCAAAUUUCUGGCUCUCUCUUGAUGAAGAGAGGGUAUUUUUCCACUCUCUAGAAAAGGGACUGUUUUUGUACAGACUAUACAGAAUUGAGAGAAUCAUGUAAGAAAGUCUUUGCUAUGGAAAUAAAAUGCAGCAUUUCUAUUUACUAAGUGAUGGUAUAUUUGCCCAUGUAACAGAAUGAAGGAUCCAUAUGGAAAAUUUUUACUUAAAUCACCUUAUGUGAUAUCAUUGGGACAUUUAUGGAAUCAGCACUUCUGUAACUAAUGACAAGUGGUGGAUAUGUAAGUGUGGAGAGACAGAAAAAUGUACUGGCUACCCUUAGUUCUCCAUAAGCAAAGUUGCCUAAUCAAUAAACACACAGAUUUAUACAUUGAUCUUCAACGGGUCAGUGGACUGUUUGCAAACAUUCACUGUGCUCUCCGUAAGAGCGUUCGCCCAUGACUAGACUUUGCUGCUGCUGUGCAAACUUGUUUCUUCUCAGCAACAUCAAGGAUAUGUGAGGAAAAGAAAAUAAAAGCUCUCACGUAAAAAGAAAUGCCCAGUGGAAUUUAUUAGUACUAUCAGGACAUUGAUAGUUUGAAUGUUUUUAUUACUUAUGCAAAAUUGCACAUCUUCCUUUAUGUUACUUUAAUUUAUCAUGCAAACUGUCAU